GAAAACGCUUCAACAGGAAAUCACAGGGUGGGAUUGUUAGUCACGGCACACCCUGGAGAGGAGUGGCUGUGUGUUUAUGUGCGUGUGUGUGCGCACGUAUGUGUGUGUGUACACGUGCACGCCUCAUUGUAAAUAAAUGUUCUCCACCUUCAUUUGUGAAAGAGUCAUGCAGUGCACCGUUAUCAUCAUAAAACAAAUGCAAUGAUGAGGAGCUUUGGAAAGUCCCCAAGUGAACGUAACACACCUUUUUUUCUUUUUGAUAGUCUUGCUGUCCGUUGCAGUCUGAUUUUGUCCUUCUUUAUGGCAGCACAAAACCAGACUGUGAAGGAUGAACACAGAACCGAUUCAAUGACUGCUGUGUAGAACUGCCUCAACAGCUCCUGUGGCAGGAAGCUGCAGGAAGUACAUCCACUGCUGGGUCUUGUUGAGGAUGGAGUUGAUGUUGGUCUCCCACUUCAGGUCCUGAGAGACUAUAAUUCCCAGGAACUUGAAGGUCUCGAUGGUUGACACAGGGCAGUUGGACACCGUGAGGGGCAGCUGUGGCGAAGGAUGUUUCAUGAAGUCCACGAUCAUUUCUACCGUCUAGAGCGUGUUCAGCUCCAGGUUGUGUUGGCCACACCAAAGCUCCAGCUGCUCCAACGUCUCCACUUCUUGUCGAUAUGCAGCCUCGUCACCAUCUUUGAUGAGGCCGAUGACUGUGGUGUUGUCUGCAAAUGUCAGGAGUUUGACAGCUGGGUGCCUUGAGGUGCUGUCGUUCAUGUAGAGAGAGAAGAGCAGCAGAAAGAGGACACAUCCUUGGGGGCCCCCGGUACUGAUGGCGCGUGUGGGUGAGGUGAUGUCCCCCAGCCUCACCUCUCCCACUAAACUGCAGGCUCUCGACAUUGAUCGCUGGAACUUGGAGUGUGACCUCAACAACACAGACCAUUACACUGACCUCAACGGUGUGGACCGCCUGAUCGUGAGGAGGGGCCAACCGUUCAGCAUCAGCUUGUACCUUCGCUCAGGAAGCUACCAACCAGGACACAGCUUUCUGGACUGCAUUGCGGAGACAGGUCCUCAGCCUUCUGAGCAGUAUGGCACCCGGGCCUCCUUCGGUCUGUCGGCCAACAUUGACACUUCGCGCUGGAGUGCGGCGGUCGUCAGCCCCCCUGGAGACACGGUGGCGCUGUCCCUCUGCGCCGCCCCUGAUGCACCCAUAGGACGCUACAUCCUGACCAUGGGACAUUCUGCACGGAUUGAAUUCAUCUUGUUAUUUAACCCCUGGUGCUCAGGAGAUCCAGUAUAUAUGGACAAUAAGGAAAGUUUGGAAGAAUAUGUCUUGUCCCAGGAUGGGAUCAUCUUUCGAGGCAAUGCCAAACAUCCAAUAGCAACUCCGUGGAACUUUGGCCAGUUUGAAAGUGGAAUCCUGGAUGUGUGUCUGAGGAUUUUGGAUACGAAUCCUAAAUGUCUGCGUAAUCCAGGCAAAGACUGCUCAGGCAGGAGAAAUCCCAUCUAUGUGUCAAGAGUUCUCAGUGCUAUGGUCAAUUGUAAUGAUGACAAAGGGGUUGUGCUGGGAAACUGGACAAAUGACUUUGAUGGGGGGGUGAGCCCCAUGUUCUGGAAGGGCAGUGUGGAGAUUCUGCGCAACUGGGACACACAAGCUUGUCAGCCUGUUCGUUUCGGCCAGUGCUGGGUGUUCGCUGCUGUCGCCUGCUCAAUUUCCAGAGCUCUUGGCAUCCCCUGCAGAGUUGUCACCAACUACUACUCAGCCCAUGACAUCAACAGCAACCUCGUGAUUGAACGCUACAUCAACGAAAAUGGGGAACUCCUUCGAUCCAAAGAAAUGAUCUGGAACUAUCACUGCUGGGUUGAGAGCUGGAUGACCCGACCAGACCUAACUGGUUCUGCUUAUAACGGCUGGCAGGCCAGUGACCCCACGCCUCAAGAAAGAAGUGACGGAGUGUUCUGCUGUGGGCCCAUCCCUGUCAGGGCCAUUAAGGAGGGUGAGCUCAUGUACAAGUAUGACGCCCCCUUUGUUUUUGCUGAAGUCAACGCUGAUGUCAUCACCAUCAUGAAGAAAAAUGAUGGCACUACAUCCAAAGUCACAUCGACCCAAUUGGUUGGAAAGAUGAUUAGCACCAAAGGCAUUGCCAGUGACCACAGAGAAGACAUUACUCACUUCUACAAGCACCCUGAAGGCUCUGAUGAGGAGCGUGAGGCCUUCAAGAAGGCCAACCACCAAAACAAGCUACUCCAGCUGAAGGAGAACGAAGGCCUGAACGUGACCAUCAAAGUCUCCACCGAGAUGAACAAGGGCUGCGACUUUGACGUGUUUGCUGUGGUUACCAACAACACACAGAGCGACAAGAAGUGUCGACUGCUCUUUGGAUCCUGCGCCGUGUCCUAUAAUGGCUUUCAGGGAGGGAAUUGUGGCUUCAAAGAUUUGCUCAAUGUUGAGCUGUCACCUGGAGGAGCCAGGAAGGUUCCACUAAGGCUAAACUAUUCGAAAUAUGGUGGGCUGCUCACUGAGGACAACAUGAUCCGUCUGGCAGCUCUCGUGUUCGACUACGCCACCCGGCAAGCAACGUUGGCAGUGAGAAACAUUGUGCUGGACAAUCCUGAAAUUAAAGUCCGAAUCCUGGGGGAACCCAAGGAGAAUCGCAAACUGGCGGCCGAGAUCACUCUAAAAAAUCCUCUGCCGGAGCCAUUGGAAAAUUGUUGCUUUAGCAUGGAGGGGGCCAACCUGACUGGAGGAAGCAUCAUCUCUGAGAGGCUAAGCUUCACAGUGGGACCUGGAGAAGAUGCCAAGGUGAAAAUGUACUUCACUCCCACCCACAGUGGGCUGAGAAAACUGGUGGUCGAUUUUGACAGCAGCAAACUGUGUCACGUCAAGGGCUACAAAAACGUCAUCAUUGGAAAAUAAUCAAAUAACUUGUAUUGACCACAAUUACUGUUCGUGAGACAAGAGCAAUACGAAGCCUUCACCAAACAACUCUUCUUUGCAUUAUGUAAAACAUAGCCCUACAGAUAUUUUUAAUUCAGAGACAAAAAGUGUAAUGUGACCUAAGAAUAGUUCAACGUUGGAUAAUAUUUUUGUAUAUAAAACUGCAAAUAACCAUUUUAUACGUGCAUUUCUUUAAAAUGUACGUUUGAAUACUGAAGUGAUGUUUGGCAUAAUGCUGUUAAAGUGUACAAUUACCGUUUUUAGUAAGUCUUCAUAAAAUAUAUACAGUAUUUCUAAACAUAAAGGUGCAGUGGAUGUUUUUUAUUUUGCAAAUAUUUGAAGCAACUGAGAAUCAAUUACUAUAGAGUGCAAUCUCCAACGAACACAUCAUUCUGUGACUAGUUGACUUCCAAGUUGUUCUAAUUUCAAAUAAAAUGUAGUGAAAUAAUUAG